ACGCGCAGUGCCAGUCGGGAACACCGAGUACUCGCGUAAGGACUUCAGUGUCGGAGCAACUGGUCCAUCGUGUCUCGUAAAGACCGCGAGAAUAUACACACACGUGGUGAGGAAUGUAAUCUCCAUGAGAAUCACCGAACCUCUUCCCGUGUACGCAGCGCUAAAGAUCUCAAGAGGCAUAUUAACGUCUACGUGAAAAUAGGAUACGCGCGUACCGGCAACUUCUAAGAGCGUUAGAAGAGGCCACGGAGCAGGCUUCUGUAAUCGAUGGGUUGAGAACGCGAAACUCGUGCCUUCCACCUUUUUCUUUUCUUCGUUACCAAGGUGCUUAGCUUACCGAUGAGCCAUGCUGAAGGUAGUGGGCGCUUCUUGGCUGCAAACACGCAUCUCCACGUACAUUCUUGUCGCCGUUGCUCUUCUUGGCAUCGGUGCAAUAAUACUCGGUGAAUUUGGACACGUUGAGAAGGAUGGAACGUAUUCAGCAACUGUGUCGUGGAAUCACAAGGGAGGAUACCGUAUUGACUUUUGGGGCCAAGGCAAUGAUCUUACUUCUAUUCCAUUAAAUGCCGCACGUGCAUAUUACAAAACUGGAAUUUUAGAAAAUGGGUGGUCUAUCAUUGAAAUUGAAACAUCUGUAAAAUAUCCGGACACAGUACAAGCGUAUGCAGCAGGUCUUUUGGAAGGUAGUUUAACUUGGCAAUUAAUACACCAUCAUUGGUACAACACCAUCAAUGUAAUAUGCGAUAAGAACCCAGUUGAAUGCCGGAAAUCACGACGUUAUCUUCGCGAGAAUGCAGCUAUAAUACGUGAACGAGCCGAUUUGUUAGAAUCUAAGGACUCGUUUUGGCAUAUGGUACGUUUAUUUUAUGCACAAUUGGAUGGUUUGGAAGCUGGUUGGCGUUUCGCCGUUCGUCGAAGUCGUCAAUCAGCGGAAUUACAAUCGGAAGAUUUUCUUUGGCUGGCAAUGGCUUCUGAUUUAUCAGAUGUCGACUCGACAAUAAUCAAUGGAUCGAAUAUAUCAAUCGGUGAAAAAGGCAUGAUUUUUCUUAAAGCACUUAACAGAGAAAAUAAGGAACCUCUGAUCGCUAUUGGACAUAAUACUGCUGCACCAUACGCCAAAAUGUUAAGACUCUUGAAAAGAUACAAAUUUAAUUAUCAUAUAUUGCCUACGUCAAAAAACGUAGCUCGAAUACCGAGUCGAUCGAUCAUCAUGUCCUCUUAUCCUGGAGCAUUAUCCUCGCACGAUGAGUUUUAUUUAAUGACAGCUGAAAAUCGAGAGUUGAUAAUUGCUGGUAUGCCAUUGUCAGUAUCGAAGCGUGAUCCAUGGAACUUUGUCAAUCUGGAAGAUCAAGUAAUGUCGUCCAUCAGAAUAAUGGCAGCAAAUCGUUUGGCAACCGAUAGUGAAUCCUGGUCUAAAAUAUUAGCAUUUGAAAAUGGUGGUAAUUCGAUGCAUCAAUGGAUCACGUUUGAGCCAAGAUCCAACAAUGUUUGGUUCGUAGAACAGUUAGGAAGUAUCACUCACGCUGUUGAUUACUCAAAAGAUUUCAUAGAGACUGGUGUUGUACUUUGCACCGGUUUACCACAUUUCCAAGAGAUAAAGGAAGCAGCUGGUCCUAUCAACGAGAAUGAUCUUUUAACAAGGAGACGUUAUUUGAUGGAUUUGCAAGAGAACGUUACCAUCAUGGAACAUGUCAGGGAGUUCAUGCGAGGUUACAGCGGCCAAGAUGAGAAGUCUACUGUAGAGAAUACUAAUGAAAGUUUUCAUUUAAAUUUAUCACAAAUCCGAACUUACAGAGGUGACUUGGAGAAACCGCCAUUACCAUUGGGUGUCAUCGAUAGUAAAAUUAUAGCUGCUGACGUUAACGGACUCGAGAUCUUUGAGGCAACUUCCGGUCCUGUUCGUUUCAACGAGCUAACUUCUGCUUUCCAAUGGUCUCGAUCUUUUCCAAAUAUUUCACACAUCAUGGGUCAACCGGACAUCUUUGAUUUCGACAGCGUUAUACCUUUGUGGGUUUGGAUUUAACGCAACGAGAAUAUGGCAAGCGAGAGAGAGAUAGAGUUAGAGAAAGAGAAAGGGAAAAUGAGAAAAAAAAAAAAAGAGAAAAGGAUAGAGAGAACGUACAAAGAAGAAUCGGAAACUUUGCAAUCUCUCUCGUUGCUUUUAGGUAUUAAGUAAAAUUAAGUUCGUUCAAAAUGUUAGAUGUUCCUUUCUUCUUUCAUUCGUAUCCAAUUAAUCUUUUUAUCUAAUUUGUGUUUUUUUUUUUCUUUUUUCAUUUCUUCUCCGUCAAUCUACAGAUAUCUAAAUCUUCCACAAACACUGCCACAAUUCAACCACGGCGAAACAAUAUGUUAUGUACGUUCUUAACAACAAUGAAAUCUUCGUUAAGUACUUAUUCUCAUGCUGCCCCUCUUCGUUCUUAUUGCUUUAACAGCUGGCUCAUAUGUCGGCUACCUUUGGUAAAAUUUUUAAUGAAAUAAAUGAAUCAAUAAAGAAAUUAAUAAAAAAAAAAAAAAAAAAAAAGAUAAAA